UUGAAAGGCCACGGAUGGAUGGGACUGAUGAUGUGGUAGCAAAGGUGCCUACGUAGAAACUGCAUCCGAAAUGAUAAAACGAGCGUCGUGAAGCGUGCGUGGGGGCGUGCCAGUAUACUUCUAUUGUUGUUUGUUGUAAAUAGCACAUUUCCGCCGGAUCAGCUGCAAGAGUCCAUACAUACUUACAUGCAUACUUACAUACAUAAAUACUUAUAUUUGUUUCAUAUGCUUACUUGUUAAUUUAUUUGUGUACUUAGUCAAAUCGCUGCAAUGUACUGCUAAUUCAUAUCAUUUUUAUUUUAUUUUAUUGUAUUCAAAAUUCAAAGUGUUUAUACUUUUUUGGAGUUUUAGCGUAAUAACUCGUUCACUCUCUCACCCACUCAGUCACACUUUGUAUUAUUGUAUUUGUAGAUAUAAAUAUGUAUUUUUGUAAUGAAAUACUUUUGCUACUCACUCUGUAUUUGUGUAUAUUUCAUGUAAGAUAUUUGUACUUGUAUUUGUAUUUGUAUUACCUAGAUUCACUGUAAUUGACUUUUCUAUAGUGAUACUUGUAAUUAAUUACUAAAUUAUUUUAAUUCUUUAUUUAAAAUAUAUAAAAAUUGAAAAUUUUCGCAUACUAACUUACAAAAAAAAACCAAAAAAAAAGAGCAAAACGCAGGGCCAACAUAUCCGGUAAGUUGAAGCUUCUUCUCCACAUGCCUACAUAAAACAAUUACAUACAUGAUAAAUAUAAUCCCAUAUUAGCAUGCGUCCAUGUAUGAUUUAGAAAAAUUAAUUACAAAAGCAAAAACACAACUUAAUAAAAAAGAAUAUCACGAAAAUUACCAUCCAUUCCUGUACAAGAUUUCAAAUACUCGUGCCAAAGAAAAUAAAUAAAUGAAUACCUACAACUCCAUCCACUCUCUACCCCGGCACGCCUUUAGCCAUAAUUUUACUAAUCGCCUACUAUAUACUAUCCGCUUUACAGUUGCUUCGGAUGCCGAUCACUUGGUCUCGCUGAUCGAUGAGGUCUCUUAUGUGCCAGCGCCAUCCGCAAUACUCUCCCAAUAUGAUGAAAUACCACCAGAGUUGUUUUGCAACAGCGACAAUCGUCCUGCCAAAUGCGGUGAGAAUUGUCAGUGUGUACACAAAGUGGACAUACCACUGGGGGCUGUCGUCGAAAUAGUGCUGGUCGAUGAGGUGCAACAGAUAAAUAUCAGUCAUCCAUUUCAUUUGCAUGGCAUGCCGUUUGUGGUGCUGGGUAUGGGUCGUUCGCCAGACAUGCAGCUACAACGUAUGAAUCUGCAGCAUGCACUAGACUUGGACAGACGUGGCCUGCUGGAACGCCGUUUUCUCAAGCCAGCGCUGAAGGAUACUGUGGCUGUACCAAAUAAUGGCUAUACAGUGUUGCGAUUUCGUGCCGAUAAUCCCGGUGUUUGGUUGUUCCAUUGUCAUUUUCAAUUUCACAUCGUCAUAGGCAUGAAUAUGGUUUUCCAAGUUGGCACACCACAGGAUUGGCCACCAGUUCCGCACGGUUUCCCACGCUGUGGUCAUCAUAUGCCACCAAUUUCGUUAUGAAUAUGAAUUUGCGGCAUUGUCUAGUUAAUUUUCAAGUGCUCUAUCAGAAAUUGUAUGGUCCUUGUUUUAAUUCAUUUUCAUUUAGUUCUAUUUCUGUCGGAUUUCCAAGUAUUUUUUAUUUAGUUACUAAGCAAAUAAAAAUGUAUUUGGGUUGGAAAUUGUUUUGUUUUGUAUUACUACUGAAUGUAAUGUGUGGUACAAAGAUUGUGGCAACUGGAAAUGUAUAAUUUUGUAAGAAUAACACCUAUA